GUAAAACAAGAACAAGAGAGAAGUACCGAGUGGUUUACACAGAUCAUCAGAGAUUAGAAUUAGAGAAGGAAUUUCAUUACAACAGAUACAUUACAAUCAGGAGGAAGUCUGAACUUGCUGCAAACCUAAGACUUUCCGAGAGACAGGUGAAAAUCUGGUUCCAGAAUCGCAGAGCCAAAGAAAGAAAAUUAAUGAAGAAGAAAAUGACUCAUUUUGAUGGCAGCAAUCUUGGCUCUAUGCAGAGUGACUCUGGCUCAGUGAGCCCGAUGCCAGUUCCUGACCAACAGACUCAUUCAGAAAUGUCCAGUUCUUUAUUCCCACCUCCACCUCCUCCGCCUCCGCUUCCCAUGAACGGUUUGCAGCACAACGGGAACCUGCAGCAGGUAGUGGCCUCUCAGUGA